AUGGAGGCGAUGGCGAAGGGACUCAAAGAGCGCCCUGAUCGCUUCCCAGCAGUCUUUACCUGCCCCAAUGAGAUGGUAGCCCUCUCCAUGGCAGACGGAUAUGCCCGGGUAACCCAAAAACCACAGUGUGUGAUCAUCCAUGUUGAUGUUGGUACCUCCGGUCUUGGGGCUGCCAUCCACAAUGCCUCAACUGGCCGAGCACCGGUUCUAAUAUUUGCGGGUCUAUCGCCUUUCACAAUGGAAGGUGAGCUGCGAGGUUCUCGCACUGAAUACAUACACUGGCUGCAAGAUGUUCCAGAUCAGAAGCAAAUUGUUGCGCAAUAUUGCCGUUACGUCGCGGAGAUCAAAACUGGAAAGAAUAUCAAGCAGAUGGUCGGGCGUGCUCUCCAAAUCGCGACAAGUGCACCAAUGGGCCCAGCGUACUUAAUGGGAGCGCGUGAAGUCAUGGAACAGGAGAUCGAGCCAUACGCCAUUCAGCCGGCGCACUGGAUGCCUUGCGAGCUAUCGGCCCUUCCAUCAUCGCAUGUGGAAGUGAUUGCGAGCCAGCUUGUGCAAGCAAAAGAGCCACUUCUCAUCACUGGUUAUAGUGGUCGGAACCGCGACUCGGUCGAUGUAUUGGUCAAAUUAGCCAACGCCGUGCCUGGCCUACGUGUGCUGGACACUGGAGGUUGUGAUAUGUGUUUCCCGGCUGAUCAUCCGGCCUGGUUGGGGAUGCGAUAUGGAUCGGACCACAGCAUUGAGACUGCCGAUUUUAUCCUCAUCGUGGAUUGUGACGUUCCUUGGAUUCCCACUCAGUGCUCACCGAAGGAGACAGCAACGGUGAUUCAUAUCGACAUCGAUCCACUGAAAAAGAUGAUGCCUCUCUUCUAUCUUCCGGCCGUUCGAAGAUACGCCGCUGAUGCUACGACAGCUUUAAAUCAGCUAGCCUCGUUCAUCGAUUCUUCGGUCGAUCUCCAAACCUCUUUGACAUCCGCUAGUCAACAGGAGAAACGUUUGUCUCGCCAGGAAAGUUACCAGGCUUUGAUUGAUACUCUAGACCAAAAAUGUGUCCCUCCCCCCGAUGCGACUACUUUCAACGCCUCAUUUCUGUGUCAGAAAGUGAGAGAGCUUGUUCCAAGCGAUACCAUUUAUGCAGUCGAAGCGGUCACGAACUCGGUUCUCAUCGCCGAUCAGAUCCGCGCCACGAAUCCAGGCCAAUGGAUCAACUGCGGCGGAGGAGGCCUUGGAUGGAGCGGUGGAGGUGCUCUCGGGAUCAAGCUUGCCGUGGACGCAGCAAACCCCGACAAGAAGCCUCUCGUGGUUCAACUUGUUGGUGACGGGACAUUCCUCUUCAGCGUCCCGUCGAGCGUGUACUGGAUUUCCCACCGGUAUCAGAUUCCCAUUCUCACAAUCGUGCUCAACAACAAAGGAUGGAAUGCGCCCCGGCGCUCGAUGUUGCUUGUUCACCCGGACGGACAUGGAUCAAAGGCUGAUAAUCGAGAGUUGAAUAUCUCGUUUGACCCAAGUCCCGAUUAUUCAGGCAUUGCUAGAGCCGCCAGUGAUGGCCAUAUUCAUGCCGCCCGAGUGAAGGAUGUGGCUGAUUUAGUCCCAACACUCCAAAAAGCCAUCGAGAUUGUGCGCGGGGGAACUUCGGCAGUCAUAGAUGCGCAUGUUGUCUAA